UUGCCAUAUUCAGCACAGACGCACACAGAUUAAAGCCUCUGUCCUUUUUGCCAUUUCUAACUGUCAAAACCUUCCAUUUUCCAUUAGGCUACUCUUCUAUCAAGCUAUUCUGAGUCUCAAAUGGCCUACUCAAAGGUUGAUGAUAUGAAGACUUAUGUUAUCAAGAUGAAUAUCCACUGCGAGUGCUACGGAUGCCAGGACAAGUUGGAGGGAUAUCGAAAAAUUCUUGGAGUGAAAUCAGUAGAUGUAGAUGAUGAAGAAAAAAAGGUGACCAUUUUAAUUAUCGGAGAUCCAAAGAAAGUCAUAAAGAAGCUCGAAGAGCAAAAAAAAGCGUUUGAGCUCUUUGAGCAAACCUCGCCAAUCAAGAGCCGGGAAAUGCAAAUUGUGUUACAAAAUCCAGUUCCAGAAAUUCAUGACCGACGUAUGGUAGCUCAGCAGCCAGCUAUUGAAAUUGACAAAUCGAUUGUGAAGAAAACUCAAGGCUGCUGCCCAAAGCAUGGCUAUAAGCUUGAGAAGAAAAGCUACAACAAACGAUUCACAUGCGAUGGAUGCAAACAGAAAGGGUGUGGAUCAGGAUACAGAUGUAAGCACUGUGACUAUGAGCUACACGAGGAGUGCAUGUCUCCUAAACAUUCCAUUUCCCUUGAGAUUUUCCCAGGAUCCAUCUUUGAAUUUUGUCAUCAACCGUCCUCGACCUCGACACACUCAAGGUCUUGUGAUGCAUGCGGGGGCUAUAUAAAAGGCUAUUUCUAUGCUUGCAAUGCAAGAAACUUAGCUUUACACCCGUGUUGUAGCAACCUAAAAGCCAACUUAUGCAUUAGUGGCAUGGAUUUCAUUCUUCACGACAACAAGGUCUCAUCAUCAUCAAAGUGCAAAAAAUGCAACCAGAAAACACCUUUGGGUACCAAAACGCCCAAUGCGGGUUGCUCUUAUGUUUCUAGAUGCAAUAAGUAUCAUUUUCAUGUGUAUUGCAUAACUCAAAUGGUGCACGAAGCUUGGACAAAUGGUGAUAAUGAUGGAAGUACUGAUGAUUUCGCUAUGACACUUGAAAAAAUGGAUUUGAAGUCCGUGGAAACCAACAACAGAAAUGGUGGGAGUGGUGGUAACAAUAUUUGGAGGACAAUAAGCAUAUUCAUUAGCACAAUAGCUGCUUGCCUUUUGGGGGAUCCAACUGGAGUUCUUGUGCCUUUGUUUGUAGGAUUCUUCAUUAAGUCUAUCCCAAAGUUACUCCCCAAAUAGGACCAGUGCUUGCUAUGGUUUCCUUCGAUAAGGUUAUUGUGUCUAAUUCUGUUAUCAGUUUUUGUGUUUUUAAAAGAACUAUUGUCAGUUCUGCAUAGCAUAUUUUUUAUUUUAUUUUUUUUGUGUGGUUGAAUUGUGUGUACUACAAGUGUGGCAAAUAGAAUUAAGAUUGUAAUCCUAUGUUGAAGCAUACUAUAUAUUUUAAUUUGUACCCCUUUAUUGUCCCUUGUAAGUCAAUCGUUGUAAGCUUGAACAUUUUCACUUUUUAAGAUGAUAUUAUUUUAUCCA